AUGGCAAUUAGCCUAUCAGUAAAACUGAUUACUGUUGGGGCAGCACUUAUUAGUCUUGACUAUAGACACAGAUUUACUGCCCGACCCCAACCACCCAAAGCUGAAUACGAUUUUAUAGUUAUCGGUGCGGGAACUGCCGGCGCUACAGUGGCCGCCCGACUCAGCGAACAGUCCAAUGUUCAAGUAUUACUUCUAGAGGCGGGUGGUCCGGGAAAUUUCAUGUUUGACGCACCCGUAUUGGCAAACCUGGUUUUUAAUGGUCAGUGGAAUUGGAACUAUACUAAUGUCAAACAAUCGGUUGGUAUUGGAUUGAAAAAUAAAGUCAUACCAGAGUUUAGAGGCUAUGCAUUGGGAGGUUCGUCAUCUAUCAACUCAAUGGUAUUCAAUAGAGGUAACACUCGGGGUUACGAUGAUUGGGCUAAUAAUUACGGUGCAACCGGUUGGAGUUGGGAUGAAGUGCGACCAUAUUUUUUGAAAUAUGAAAAUAAUACCGACUGUGAUCUAGUAGAGGCCUAUCCUGAAUGGCACAGUACUGGGGGUCCGGUUCAGAUCACUACGUGGGCUAACCCCGAUCCGAUUUAUCAGCUAAUGAUUCAGGCAAACAAUGAGUUAGGCUAUCCGACCACUGAUAUCAAUGGUCCCAAUCAAUUGGGUAUAGCUUUGGUUCAAGAAUUUGCCAGCACUAGAGGUGUCCGAUCGAGUUCGUCCAACUCAUACCUUGAGGGCAAUCGGAGGCCAAACCUUGAUAUUAGUGUUCAUUCGCGAGUAACUCGAGUGCUAUUUAGUGGUCGUACGGCUGUCGGUGUUGAGUAUGUGAAAAAUGGUGUCACAUAUGUUGCAAAAACAAGAAAAGAGAUCAUAAUAAGCGCAGGUGCCAUAAAUUCUCCACAAAUACUAAUGCUUUCAGGUAUAGGACCGGCACAACACUUGAACGACUUUUCCAUACCAGUGUUGGCCGACCUACCCGUCGGUAUUAAUCUCCACAAUCAUCCGCGACUUGAUUUACGCGCGUAUAUUAAAGAUGAUUCAUUGGUCACAACCAGUCGACUACAGGACGCGGAAGCGCUGACUGUUCCCGCACUAUACGAAUGGUUUACUAACGGUUCCGGACCUUUAAUUCAAUAUCACGACACUAUUACUUAUUUUAACAGUCGUAACAAUCGCGACAAAAAUUGGCCGGACCUGGCAUUGGAGGUACGGCUCUACCAUCAACACAAAGAUGUACAGUUAGCGGCUCAGGAUUUUGAUGAUGUAUACGCGUGGACACAGUGGCUGCAACAGUACGCCAAUCGCUAUUUCCUACAAAUACUUCCCUAUCAUGAACUGCCCCGAAGUCGUGGAUACAUAUACUUGCAAUCAAACAAUCCAUUUGCUCCGCCGAUAUUAGAUCAGCGAUUUUUGACGCAUCCAAAAGAUAUGGACGACUUUGUUGAGAUCGUUCAGUACGGACUUUAUGUGGCCGAACGGUCAUCGCUGGCACAGUAUUUAUUACCAGUAAAACCCAUACCCGGUUGUUAUGCCUGUCCGCACACACCAUAUCUAUAUCAAUGCGAUUCAUACAUAAGAUGUCAUAUACAACAGCUAACAUUGAGUGGUCUACACGACUGCGGUAGUGUACGUAUGGGUGAUCCCAACAGAGAUGAUACAGUGUUGGACCCACGGCUUCGGGUUAAAGGUUUCAAAAGAUUGAGAGUAUGUGAUGCGUCAGUGUUUCCCGUAAUACCCAACGGAAACACAAAUGCGGCAACUUUUAUGACCGGUGAAAAGUGUGCCGAAAUGGUCAAAGAGGACAACUAUUUUAAUGUAUAG